CACCACCAUCACACAAUUCAUUGCUCUUCUUCACAAGUUUCUGUAGUCUGAUCUUAUAGUGUUAUAAAAAUACAUAUAAUAUUUCAAGGAUAUAUAGAAGGCAAAAACUCAAAGUCUACUUGAAAAACAUGAAAACACCUAGCAGCUCUGUGGGUAAGACCCAAGAGCGCUUCUCGAUUAGUCUCAUAUUCAGAUGUAUCAGAGUUCUCAUUAACAGAUCUAUUUCUUUCUUACCUUUUUAGAAAAUUUCCUUUCUGAUUUUAGUUUCCUCAAGUAUAUUUUUCUCAAUAUAGUAUUUCCUUUGGUAUUGUUUGAACCUUUUACACAUUAGUGUUCAUCUAUAUAUAUCGGAGAAAAUGUCAAGAAAGCGAUGUUGUGUCGGAGAAGGGCUGAAGAAAGGUGCAUGGACCAUUGAGGAAGACAAGAAGCUCAUCUCUUAUAUUCACGAACAUGGAGAAGGUGGCUGGCGCGACAUUCCCCAAAAAGCUGGGUUGAAAAGGUGUGGAAAGAGUUGUAGACUGCGAUGGACUAACUACCUAAAACCUGAGAUCAAAAGAGGCGAGUUUAGUUCAGAGGAGGAACAGAUUAUCAUCAUGCUCCAUGCUGCUCGUGGCAACAAGUGGUCAGUCAUAGCUAGACAUUUACCUAGAAGAACCGACAAUGAGAUCAAGAAUUACUGGAACACGCAUCUCAAAAAACGUUUGAUCGAAGAGGGUAUUGACCCCGUGACUCACAAGCCACUAGCUUCUAAUACUAACCCUACUGUCACCACCACGCAGCCAGAGAACUUGCAUUCCCUAGAUGCAUCUAGUUCCGACAAGCGAUACUCCCGGUCAAGCUCAAUGCCUCCCAUGUCUCUUCCUCUUUCCUCGGGUUUCAACCCGGUUUCCGAGAUCAUCACACCAGUUCAGAGAGGUUCCUUGAGUUGCAAGAAAAGUAUUAAGAAAUCGAACUCUACAUCAAGGCUUUUAAACAAAGUUGCUGCUAAGGCCACUACCAUCAAAGAUAUCUUGAGUGCUACUACAAUAUCAUAUGAAAGCUUUUCCAAUGGCUUCCCUGAGCAGACUCGCAAUGAAGAAGAUAGUUCUAAUGCUCUCGCUGACUUCGAUCCAUUUCCCCAAUCAUUGUUGUACACUGAACAUGAGGUCCAUGCUACUUCUGAUCUUGAUAUGGAUCAGGGUUACGAUUUCUCAUAUUUUCUCGAGACACUCGGGAGAGAUGAGCACAAUACGAAUGUCGAGUAUGGUCAUGAUAUUCUUCUUAUGUCCGAUGUGUCACAAGAAGUCUCAUCAAUUAGCGUUGAUGAUCAAGAAAAUAUGAUAGGAAACUUCGAGGGCUGGUCAAAUUAUCUUCUUGACCAUGAUGGUUUGAUAAAUGACACGGACUAUGAUUUCCUCGAGAAGCAAAUCAUAUGAAUCUUCAUAUUUAAACAAAACGGUUUCAAACUAGUUGAAACAUGCCUGAAUAAGAAGUUAUAUAUGUAUUUGUUAUUUGGAUUGUUUAGUAGUUAGUAUAUGUCCGAGAUCUCAUGGUUUUUAAUCCCAAGUGUAGGGUUUAUAUGAUGUUAAAUAAGUUUUAAUCUGAGGUCUCCGCAAG